GACAGUCGUAAGGGCCGGCCUAGCACGAAAUAUUUCAGAAUCAGAAUGAAUCAAGAAGGCGUACUUGCUUGUUGCGCCGUUUGUAACCAGCAGACUCAUCGGAGAUGUGGUCGGUGUCUUAAUAUUUAUUAUUGUAACACAGAACAUCAAAGACAGGAUUGGAAAAGACACAAAAGUGAAUGUGCACCAAAGUUACAAAAGCAGAGCUUACAAAACGACAAAGCUAUAAAACCAUCUUCUCAUAAAGAUAAAGAAUUAAAGGUAGAUGAGAAAAAAAGGAUAAAUAUUAACACUUCAGUGGAUAACAAUAAUAAAGAAGAAACGAUACUAGUAGGCAACGAAGUGAGACGAUUAAAAAAAUCUAAAAAGAAAACCUUUAAAAAAGAGGGUAGUGACAUUGCUAGUGAUAAUAUAAAUACCUCGCAAUCUGUAGAGAUUAUAACUCAUAAUAAAGCAAACUUAAAAGACAAUAGUGUAAUUUCAAGUGUCGUAUAUAGUAAUAAAAACAUUGUUAAAGUUAGUGCCAUAACUCACGAGGGAUCUUCAGAACAGGAAAUAUUGAGUGAAAAAGCUCAACAAUUGGGUACAGUGGAUUUUUCUACUGCAAGUACGUCUAAUGUUUUGAAGGAGGUAAAUAAAACUGAUGUAAAAAUGCCAGCUAUACCUAGUGAGCAGCCUCCUAGGAUGAGAGAAUACCCUGAAGCUUCUCUCAGAGGUAGCGGUGCACCCUUCAACAACAUGAUGAACAGUUACUACAUGGACCCAAGUGAUCCCAACUAUGAAAUUUGUCAAAGAGUUAUCAGGGACAUGACUCAGUAUGGUGUAUGUGUGUUAAAUAACUUCUUAGGCAAGGAACGAGGACUCUUAGUAUUAAAUGAAGUUCUAGAAAUGUACAGAUCGGGAAUAUUCACAGCAGGUCAACUAGUCUCAAAUCCAGGCAGUACAGAAGCUCAGACGAUACGGAGCGAUCGCAUCACGUGGAUAGAUGGCAAGGAACCCCACUGCUUCCACAUAGGACAGCUCAUCAAUCAAGUCGAUAAUAUAAUACUGACGGCGAACAAAAUGGUCAACAACGGAAAAAUGGGAAACUACAUCAUUAACGGUAGAACAAAGGCAAUGGUGGCCUGCUACCCAGGAUCUGGCAGCCAUUAUGUGAAACAUGUAGAUAACCCGAAUAAAGAUGGCCGAUGCAUAACGGCAAUAUACUACCUAAACCUUGAUUGGGACGUCAAGCGAUAUGGCGGUUUACUUAGGGUGUUCCCGGAAGGUACGAAUCAAGUGGCAGACAUUGCGCCGAUCUUCGACAGAAUGCUUUUCUUCUGGUCAGAUAGAAGAAACCCACACGAGGUACAACCUGCGUACGCAACUAGAUAUGCAAUUACAUUGUGGUAUUUCGAUGCUCAAGAACGAGAAGAAGCAGUUAGAAAAUACAAACGCGGGCAACCGUCGUCGAGCAAGUGAUGUUGGGUGCGCGGUGGCCGGCGCGUCGCGUGCUCGUAGCGAACUGCCACUAGUUACAGGUCAUACACAUAGAGUGCUCACACACGACCCGCGCCGUGGCCGAGUCGAUCGAACGAUGGGUAGCGCAACUCGUAGUCUAUGGUUGCUGAGAUGACAAUGUGAUAAAGUGAUGAGCUUAGAAGCCGGUGUAAAAAGUUAUCGUAUUUUUAAUAUUAACGAAUAAAUUAAAAUGUUAAUUGUAAAAGAAAAUACAAAAACUUUUAAACAUAAAACCAGAUAAAUUUUAGUAAAAUCCAUCCAGUAUAUGAUGACGUCAUCAAAGAAUUUGUUGAAAUCUCUCAAUGUAAAAUAAUAAGGAUUUUUUUUUAAUUAUUUAAACACAAGUCUUGAACAAUAUAAAUGUGUAUUUAUAAAUGAUUUAUCUUGGUUUUGUGCUUUUUUUAAUAUUAGAAAUGUCGAAAAAGUUUAUGAAACCAUAAACCGGCCUACAAUUUAAAUAUAUCAAAUGUAAAAAAUCGAUUCUUGUUGAAAUUAAUUGUUUUCAUUUCAACCGUUGUAAUAUAUUUUCUAGCAGUAGCUUAAAAUAAUUUAAGUUGAUUCUUAAGUAUUAUGAGUCAUUCAUUGCAAUUCUUAGUUGAGCCGAUACACUGAUGUCUGUUAUAUUUUUAAUCGACUAUUUAUAUAUACAUUUAUACAUACAUUUGUUCAUUGUUCCAUUCGUUCAAAUCGUUCUUCUGAUUGUAAUAAACUUGUAUAUCGACACAUGGAAAUCUUUCAUAGUAUCCACCAAUGGACAAUACGUGGAAUAGUAGAGGAAUAAAAAAAAAAAACCAGGCAAAUGUCAAACAUACUAGUAUUAUAAACAUCUCCUGCACCCAGUUAACACAAUCACUGUCAUUAAGUCAAUAAUUUAAAACAUUCAUAGCAUUAUAGAUUUCGUUUAUAAUUUGUUUGUAAUGUAAAUGAUGAAAUUUUUCUUUUUUUGUUAUUUCAUGAAAUUAAAAAUUAACUUAUUCAAAUUUGUACGUCCUCUUCCAUUUUAAAAUAAUUUGUGGUCUCUUCAAAGGUGUCAGUUGUUGCCUCUAGAAUUGACUCUUGACUUUCCUGUGCUUUCCUCUUUUCGGAGCAAACAAUGUCUUCCUCGUAAGCUUCUAGCCGUCUCUUACCCAAGACUACAUUUCUACCCUGGUGUUGGAUACGCUUUGCUAGAUCGUCUAAGUGUCUUGCUAAUGUUGCUACAUGAGCAUCUCUUGCUGCUGUGUACAAGGAACGACCGAUAUAUACAUCGCGUACCUCUCAAAUUUCAAUAGUCCCACACUUUUCCUCCAGCUCAGCUUUGCAGGGUAAAUGAGUCUAUAUCCCUCUAGGAUGUUAGACAUCAGCUCUGCCCGUGUCAUCUUAUCAGUGGCUAGGCACUUUCAUCCCAUAUAGAAAGUAAGACUUAAUUGUCAUCAUAAGUGAAUAUGCCUCUGUCAGCUGCGAGAUCAGCUCAAUGAGAAAGUUAAAGCCCCAACACUAGAUUGCCUCGGGUUUCUGUGUGUGAAGCAGUAUAAGAACGUCAGAUAAUUAAUAUUGGGCAUCUGAUGUGCCCUGACUAAAUCUCUUUGCAACAUAGGAGGACACCACUUUAUAGCUGAUCUACUCCAAUUAGCGCUAUAGUAACGUAAAAGGGCAUAAAACAAGACAUCAGUCAACCUCUUUAAUUUGUAAUUUGGAACCUCACGAUCCGUCGGUCGACUAUCGAGUCGAAAUUCUUGCGAGAACACGAUUCUGUAAGUGAGAAUCAGCAAUUCUAUAAUUAUCACUUCUCUGAGCCAUCAAUACCCUCGGGACCUUGUAUUUUCUAGCUUCGUUUGCGGAGAUAGCUGGCGGGUAUUUUUGAUUGAGCAAUAUCAUCGUGCUAGCGAGAGGAUUUGGAUCUUUGGUACACUUAAAACUCCUUUCUGUCAGCUUUGUAUGGUACAUUUUCUUUUCUUUCAUCAUAUGGGACAUCUUUAAUAUAAUUUUAGAUGCCCCAAUGAAUAUUGUCUUUAUACCCUCUGCCUUUUCCGUGUUUUCCAUGUUAUUAAUUUUCAAAGAAAGGAUCUGUUCAUACUCAUGUGAGGUUUAUAACUUAAGACUGAAUAAAAUUUCAAUUCAAUAUAGUUAGAGAUUUUCUGUUAUAUAGCUAUAUUUAUUGUUGUAUUAAUUUUUACUGUAUAUAACAACUUAUGUAGUGAAAUUUGAUUUGUAUCAGUAAGGCUCAAAGCCAGUAUUCCUCUAGUGAAUAAUUAUUUUGAAUAUUAUUAACUAGUAACGACUUAAUCAGAUAAAUGUAUCGGUUUGUCAAAAUUAAAGUUAUAAGUGUGUUCGAUUUAAUUUAUAUCUGAAGUUGUAUAAAUCACGAUUUUGUUAUAUUUGUCAUAAACUUUUAAUGAUUAGAAAAUAAAAAGAAUUAUGUAAAAUUUGUUAGCUGUGUAACUGCCAACAGACUUAUAUAUUUUUUAUUUUGUUCCAAUCUGUCGUUAUAAAGAAAAACUAAAAACUUGUGUCUUUAUUGUAAUUAUAGCGAAAAAAAUUACUUGUCUACCAAUUCUUAUUUUGUAAAUAAUUAUAAAAUGGAUUUUAUUUAGAUUGUUUGUGCGAAUAAUAAAAAAAAUGUAUAAAGUGUUUGGAACCAAUAUGAGAAAGAAAACUUUGUCUUUCUAUAUAAUCUCGAUUAUUGACAGGUCUUUAAAAGUAUAGCCUCCUCUUUCUCACGUGUGUGGUUAAAAAAGGAUAGCAGACAAGUCAUUUUAAAUGUUGUCACGAGCAUUGAGUGUAGCCAGGUAGGAUAAGUUAACUAAUUAUCAAAUAUUAAUUAUUCUCAUCAAAGUUAAUGAAAAUGUUUAACGCCAAGCUAUCUCUCUUCUCACUCUCUCGGCUAUUUCGAGAAUAAAGUCCCGGCUACACUUACGGACACCAUGUGCAGCAGAACAGUACUUUUGUAAAUUUCAUUAUAAUUAAGUGUGUUGUUUACAAACAGUGUGUAAAAAAUAUAGUAUUGAAUUUUAUACAAAUAUAUUACAUAGGUACAUUUGUUAAGAUUAUAUUCCUACUUUAAAUUGUAAUUUUUAAGUAAUAUUGCUUUGUCAUGAAAGCGUUUUUAUUAUUUUGUGAUUUUAUAGCUUGUUAUAAAUAUUGUAAGAUUCAGUGUUGUCCAAAAAAACUGUUUUAUUUAUUAGCUUUUGAAACGAAUUAAAGUUAUUUCAAGUCAUAAAUUAAGUUGUGGACACAUCUGGUAUUAAAUUUUUCUUUUUAUA